CGGCUCCUGGCCGGGGCAGGAGACCCAGGAGAGGCGGGGACGCAGAUUUGGAUAGUACUGUGGCCUAUUAAUUAGGACAGUUGGUGGGAGCAAUGGAAGGCAGCAAGGCAGAAGAGGUGCUGGAUAUUCUCAGACUUAAUGUGGGAGGCUGUAUUUAUACAGCCAGGCGUGAGUCCUUGUGCCGCUUUAAGGAGUCGAUGCUUGCAUCUAUGUUCAGUGGACGAUUUCCUCUAAAGGUGGAUGAAACUGGGGCUUGUCUUAUUGAUCGUGAUGGAAAUCUGUUUAAGUACCUUUUGGAUUAUCUUCAUGGGGAAGUUCGGAUUCCUAAAGAUGAGCAAACUCGAAUUGCACUGCAGGAGGAGGCUGAUUACUUUGGCAUCCCUUAUCCUUACAGUUUAUCUGACCACUUGGCCAAUGAAAUGGAGACAUAUGCUUUAAGGUCAAAUAUAGAACUUAAAAAGGCUUUGACAGACUUUUGUGAUUCUUAUGGGUUAGCCUGUAACAAACCAACUGUUUGGGUUCUACACUAUCUCAGUACAUCUGGUGCAAGCUGUGAGAGUAGAAUUAUUGGUGUGUAUGCUACAAAAGCAGAUGGAACUGAUGCUAUUGAUAAACAGCUAGGAGGAAGAAUUCGUAGUAUUUACAAAAGAGAGGCUGGAAAUAAUGUGCAGUACAUUUGGAGCUAUUAUUCAGUAGCUGAAUUGAAGAAGAUGAUGGAUGCCUUUGAUACUUGGGAAGGUGAAGGUGUCAGCUACUGGCGUGUUCCACAGGAAUUGAUAGAAUGUUGGACUCUUGAAGAGCGACCUUUACAGGGAAAUCUUCGUCACAUGGCUCCAAUUAGAAAAAGGCGCUUGGUAGCCUUGAAUGAAGAGGAAGAGGAUGGUGUGAACUGUAAAACAGGACCUAAACCCAUUAGAUUUUUGGGUCCUUCAACAAGUACACAUAUAAAAGUCAAGAAUUCUGCUUCAGUAAAGGUGGUUACAUCUAAUACUUCAAAAACCUCUUCUCAGAUGACAAUUAAACGGCCCAAUAGUGGCAGUCAUUUAGUUCGAUGCCAUACGGGGUCAAAAAUUAUACCUGACCCUGGCAUUGCAAUAUCUGUGAAUUCACAGAUACCUUGUGGAACUGGAAGUACAGAAAAUGGUGAAACACAUACAUCCCCAGUGAAGGCUUCCCUUUCAGAAAAGAAGCCAGCCCCUACUCGAGUGAUCAAACUGAAGCGGACUCCUCUGUGUACUGUAACACCUUCUCAGCUCUCCUCACCAGGAUUGAAUAAAACAAACCACCCCGAAACCUCUUCUGCUGAAAUACCUCAUACUUCCAGUGUAUGGGCUCAAAAUGUGAAAAAGGAGAAUAACUAGCAGUGACCAGUGAUGGAAUGAAAAUUUCUUGUCUUUAUUUCUUAGAGCUUCUAACCCAUAUGGUAUAAUGAAGUUAAUAAGUAUCUUUUGAUACAGUAGUGUUGGAAACUGCAAAUUUGAGAGUUCCUGGGGAAUUUGUGGGCAGUAGGAGUUUUGGCUGAAGGACUAAAUGGUUAGGACUGAUUUAUUGUUUUUAAAAUUUCUCAGCAUUUAGUUAUUUACAUAGGCAUUGUUAAGAAUAUCAAUUUUUUAAGAAAUGCUGGAUUUGUUUUAAUAUUGCACGAAGGCAAGAAAACAGCUUAGCAUCAAAUAAUCUUUGAGAUAACUAAGGCAAAAAAAUUAUAAACCUAAACUUUGAGACUAGAGGAACAUUCAUAUUUUCAUAUUUGUUGAAGACCAGGGUUUGGAAUAAAUCAUAACCUUUAUGGACAACAGUUUAUCUCUGUACUACUAUAUUCUUUGUUAGUCAAGAGAUUGGAAAGUAAAAUGUAGAAUUCUUAGUUUGAUCAAGUAGAAAUAACCCCCAUCCCUUCGAGGCCAAAGGACAGGAAAAUAUGGGGAGUGAGAACAUAUUAGACAAUACUUCAAGACCAUACCUUAUCUCUUGAAAUUUAAAAGAAGUGUGCUCUCUUUGUCUCUGUUUCUCUCUUUGUUUCUAUCUCUCUUACACA